UGGGAUUCUUAGAUGUUUACGAAAAUACAAAUGGCGAAAUGGUAUUGUAUUUCGAAUAAUUUUCAGGGGGGCUAAAACUAAAAUCAGGAAAGUUGAAGCAUCCCCCCCCUUAAAUGAGGUCUGGAUCCACAUGCGCGUCUAACACAUCUGAAUUAAAUAAUGAGACUGAUUUAAGUAACAGCUGAGAUUGUUUCAUGUGAGAUUUGGAUAAUCGCUGGCCUCUCUGAACUCCGGAACAUACCUCAGAGGUUCCAGCGCUUCCUGAUCCCGCUUUAAAAAUGCGGGCUGACUGCUGGCGCUCGAGAACCUCCUUAAUUACCCUGCGAGAAGCCUCAUCUGCAGCGGGACAUGCUCCUGUCUGGUGGAAGAACAGGAGUGAUCGCUUGGAAGACCCACAUCUUUUCUUCUUCAUUUCUUCCCCGGUUACUUCAAAGCGUUAGACCUGUAUUUGGUGAGAAUUUCAUUUACCGCCCCCUCCCCUUUCCAAGUGUACUAAUUGCUUAUGGCCAGCAGGGGGUCCCAAACGUCAGGGGGGCCCUGCGCAAAUGGUUUGAGUGGUGAUAAACACCGCUGGUUUCCAGGGAAUCCACAAGGCACAAGCAACCUUAGAAAGAAUAUCUCUCCAAAGCCUCAGGAAUAUCUCCCGGGAUGUUGCGCUUCAUGCUGUGCGCCUUUUUCCUUCUGCACCCCGCGGUACGCCCGCACGAGGCUGGUAAACCUGCCAACGCCGAUUUGUUAGAUGCUGCAGCAGUGCAGGCAGGAGAUUUGAACUUGAAGAGAACAAAGUCGAGAACAUUGUUUGCCAGGAGAGGAGUUCAGGAAAAGCACAGCAUUCAAACUCUGAAGCCCAAGCUGGCCCCGCCCCCUGCCCUGGAGCGCUGCUCGCAUGUGACGGAGAGCUGUGGCCCCCACCUGAACUGCUGUCACCCCUGUGCCACGUGCCGCUGCCACUUCUUCAACUCCAUCUGCUACUGUUGGAGGCUGAGCCAGCACUGCAUCAAGAAGGGAUAGACGCACACCACCAGGGGGCGCACUCCCGCACAGACACACAUGAGGCAUGCUCGCACUCUCAAGGACGGGUGCACGCACAUGGAUACUCACCGGCACUCAUGAGAGCACGCGCGCACCCCCACUUACACAGGCGCUCACCGGCGCCCCCUAUCUGACAUGUUUACCACUGAUUGACAUUGACCCAACCAGUGAAAAGAAAAAAGUGCUCUUUUUAAUAUAGCAUUUUCCUACAUUUAGUACACCUCUAUUAUGAUUUUGUAUUUUAGACGUAUGUUAAAUGUAUUAAAUCUAUAACAGCUAUCGUAAUGAUGAAAGCAGGAGAGGGGCUGUUGAACCUUUGAUCAAUCAAGAGUAUAAAAAGAAUGUUCUGGAAGACUUUUGAGGACGAGUGAGUCAUUACUAGGACAAGUAAACCAGUAAUGUCAUCAUGAGGCUGACCAGAGGCCCAUGUAAAGGGGAAAGUUAUAAUCACUAUGCAUACGCAUAUAUGUUCUGUUGUGUUUGUUUAUUUUCUGACAUGUCAGUCUUUUGUGGUGAGUUUGUUCACAUGAAGCAAACACAAGCCACACCAAACAUGAUUACACAAUUCGGCAAGACAGCCAGGAAUGUGCUCAUUAUUUCAGAGUUAACUUCCUUGCUUGGGCUGAAUGUUGAAAUGAUGAUCUACAGAUGGUUAUGGUCUUAAUCACAGAAAGAAGCUAAGCAGCUAAAUUUCAGCAUUUUACUACAGGAACUUGGAACAAUUAAGCAAAUUCAAAACAUGGCGUAGAAGUAGGCCAAGAGCCUUGUUUUUGAAAUGGUUCUAAUCAAAAUCGUUUUGUUUUGCAGAAAUGUAUAAAAGUGGUUCCUUUACAUCUGAAAUGCAGACGCAGCUGGACUGAUGGCUAAUAUCGCGUGAUACGCAGUACGGGGCUCUAAUCAUUCUGCGUCGAAAGCUAAAAUGGAAAGGGAACCCUAAGUGAUCCGUGAAUCGGGAGUUUGUGAUAGACCCAGAACCCAGAAGACUAUGAAUGAAAAGACAGCCUCCAACUUGUAGGAUGAAAACCUGCCAUAAGAUAAAAAUAGAUAAUAGUUCUUGUCCUCACUGUCCACCGUAGCCCUAAAUCACUGAGGUGAGGCCCAAGACUUUGGUUUGAACAUUUACAUUUACAGGAUUUGGCAGACGCCCUUAGCCAGAGCGACUUACAUAAGUGCUUUAAGACGCUGCGAUGAAUUUUCCGAUACUAGCUCAAUAAGGACCAAAGCUAUGAAUACCAUCUAUCUGAACACUCAAACCAACAAAAAGGACAAGGACAACAAAAAGGAGACCUGCACUCAGAGCUCUGUAGGCCUGCUUGAGAGGGAUCUUUAAAUGGUAGGGGCUUGUAAGAGCAUGUUGCCAUGGAAACAGCUUUCUCCUGCAGCUGCAAACAGAUCACCUUCACCAGCUAAACCGCCUGCUUAGGCACCAGGUCACCGAUGUGAGGCAGUUUUGUAAAUAUAUAUGUACACAUGCGUGCACACAUACACAUAUAGACAAAUAUACAUAUAACGAUGCUGAUUUGUAUCUCCUGACAAAAAUAUUGGUGUAUGAUAUAUUUUUAAAUACAUAUUUGCAUAUAUUUCUGUACAUUAUUGUCACCUUUAUCUGUGUCCUUAAUGAUGUGUGAUGAUUAAAAAUUCAAGGGGU